AUGGUUUCGCCCUACCAGACGCAGGGCCGUUGGCAGCACAGCUCUGGGGGCGACAUUGAAAUCAAAGUGGAUGGCACCGGACAGUCUGUGGUCAUCAGCCACCCUACAGUGGGCAAGCAGACUCUGGAGACCUCGAAGUUCUGCAGCGGAGACGGCCUGGACUACUUUGGCUUCAAGGGCAAGAUGGAUGGGGACAAGAUCACCUGGAACAAUGGUGUAGUGUGGACCAAGCAACUUUGA